AGCAUCAAAAAUCAAUAUAUGGUUUCGUCAGCGCGCUUCUGCGUUACAUUCACCUUUUCGACACUCUCCAAUGGCUUGAUCGAUCUCUCUCCGAUUCGAUUCGAUUUCCGAUCCUUCUCGCUCCGUACAGGUAUAUGCGGGUCGUGCGAUCUUCCGCUAGGGUUUUUAUUUUCGAUCAAGACGGAGUUCGGAGGUUGCUUGUGUUUGUGUUCUGUUUGGUUGCUGAGAAAUAAAAGUGUGAUCUGUUAUACGAAUUGAGACAAUGAAGUCAGGAACAUCAUCUUUGAAUCCAUUUGCAGAAUCUUACAUACCGCUCUCCAAGAGAGAACCUAAAAAUGAGGGCAAAGCUGCUGAGAUCACAGCAGAAAAUUCUUCAAAGAGUAGUGAUGAGACUACUUGGUUUGACACUCGUUCUCAAGGCCCCAAGGUGACAAAACAAAUCUAUCUUCAAAGAGAUGCUUCUUUUGACCUGAACAUACAUGGCAUUGAGGAGCUACUCAUUGGUGAAGAUUUCAUGAAGAAGGGCCAUGAGAAUCCAAGUAAUGAGACAGAAAAAUAUUACACAGAUGAAGACUCUCAGAUGGAUUUGGCUUAUCUGGGGACCUUGUUUCCUGGUAUAUCAGAUCAGUCCCUCCUGGAUGUAUACACUGCAAAUGGUGGUGACUUGGAAGCAUCUAUCGAUAUGCUGAACCAACUUGAGUUCUACCCUGUUGAUGCUCGCAGACAUCUUCCGGAGAGCUUGGACAUUGGUGAUGUCUCAGAUGUCAAAUCUUCAGCUGAAGGUUCCUCCAAACUGAAGGGCAUCUGCCCUGGAGAAGCCUGUGGGUCGUCUUCGUCUGGUCCUUCUCCAUCCCCAUGACUGGAUUUGAUUGAAGAAAUCCUGCUGAGAGGGCUGUGGCUUAAUUUUCUUAAGAAAGAAUGAUGGUUUUCUUUGGAUGCGUGGCUGAAUUUACAGUUUCUUCUUUGGUUCUUGUAGCUUGCAUUUCAAAUAUGGUUCCUUCAUUGUCUAUCCCUCUGUGCAGUUCUCUUACAAGUUGAGACUUUUUGUUUACUCUAUAAAAAGAGGAAAAAAAGAAAAAACAUAAAUAA